GCGUCUGAGCGAUUGAGCGAGUAACAUCUCGGAGUGAUAGUGCUUCCUACAAUUUCGCGUUAGACAGCGAUAUCUUAACAGUGUUCUGAGACAUUCGAGCAAGACUUCGAUUCGCAAUAUAGAUAUACAUUCAGAACUAACUCGAAGUCGUCCGAUUGGAUGUGUCAGUUCAUAAAACGAGAAAGUAGUCGUCUCAUUUCGCUUGAUAAAACUACUGGAGUUAAUAUACCCUUUCCUUUAUACUUCUCAAAAUGCCGUUUACGGCAGACGCGGCAGCGAGUCAGAUACAAGAGCGUUUGAAGAACAUUUACAACCUCGUGCACGAGAUAGAAAAUCAUACCAGUCGCUCGAAGCACAACCUGAAUAAUAUCGUAAAGACCCUCGAGAAGGUCUCACCGGACGACAAGGUCUCUCCUUACUACCAGCAGAAGCUGAAGAACUUGUACAGCUCCGCGAUAAACGACGCCCAACAGGAAGAGGAAGUUUUACGUAAGGCCCUCAGCAAGAUUAACGAGAUACGCACUAUACGAAACGAGCGACGUAUACAGGCGCGUAACGCAGGCAACAAAGAGACCAUCAGACGUGGAGCGUUGAUGAAGAUGUUGUUGAACAUCGCGCAGACGCUGCCUCUUUAUGUGGGAAAGACACCGGGCGCCAAGCCGCCACCGUUGUGCGGCGCAAUACCGGCUGAGCCUACGUAUAUCGCAAAAAUGGGCGAUAUGGUGGCCGCUCUGGUAUCGGUUAUGGUAAAAAACAACGAGGAAGAGGAGCACUGGAUACUCGCCGAAGUUGUAAAUUACAAUCCCGCUACUAACAAAUACGAGAUCGACGAUAUCGAUGAGGAACAAAAAGAUCGUCAUACGUUAUCGAGAUCACGAGUAGUGCCACUACCACUUAUGAGAGCCAAUCCCGAAACGGAUCCGCACGCUCUGUUUCCGAAAGGUUCUACCGUAAUGGCUCUAUAUCCGCAAACUACCUGCUUUUACAAAGCGAUCGUUAAACAACUGCCGACCAUUGCCACGGAAGAAUACGAGAUUCUGUUUGAAGAUCCUGAUUAUCCAACUGGAUAUUCGCCGCCUUUAUAUGUCUCGCAGCGUUAUGUGAUUUCCACUAAGGAGAGCAAGAAGAACAGAAGACAGGAAAGGACGAAACGUUCCCAUCCAUAUCUUAGGUGAUAAGAAGAACAUUUUUAUAUAUCUGAUAAUAUGUAAUAACUUAUUUU